GAUGGUUAAAUCGGGAAAUCGCAUCGCCAGUUUGUUUCCAAAUGUUGGGACGUUUGUUCUAACUCCCACAACCCGGCCAAAAACUGUCAAAAACAAUUUUGGCCAAAUACCUAGUCGCUUAAAACUGUCACGCCCACACCAAUUUAAAAAAAAGGAGCACACUGCUGUUAUAGUUCCCGAGAACACAGGGAUAUACAGACAGGCAAACAGAUUGCCGGAUCAGUCUCAGGCUCGUAGAUUAAAAUCGUUUUUUAAAUUCGUUGAAAAAAAUGUAACAGGAUCAGAAUCACCAGCCGAGUCGAUACGUCCGUCUGCCCCAGUGAAUGUUUUGAUGUCGGGAAGCACUCCUCUGGCUGCCAAAAAUUAGUAAGAACAAAGAUGACAACACACGAUGGGGCUCAGUCGUACUUCUCACGUCUUAAUUCAAUGUCCCAAAAAAUUACCUGCGAUCUCAAUAAAGUUAAAUCAACACACAGUCAAGACGCGUGGCUUAAAUUGACUUUGAACGAACAGGAAAAAAUAUUGAAUAACCACUUAAUUGAUCCUGUUAUAUUUUCUAAGUACUGUCAUAGAACUAAAGAAAACUAUGCAGCACAAGAUCCACACGAAAAUAAUGAUGUUACUAAAAAUGAUUACCGUAAAUUUUGUUUCAGAGACAUUGUAUAUUUAUAUAACGGCCAAGAUUUACACACAUAUAAUUAUCAAAACGUUGGUUUAAAAAUAUUACGCGAUGAUAACAGCGGAGAUUUUCAAGAUGAACAUUCGUUUCCAUUUUCUUAUCGAACCAAAUCACAAAUAAACAUAGUAUUAAAAGAAUUUGAUGAUAUCUGCCUUGUCGAAACUCCCACUGGCGUAAAAAAAUCCAUUCCUUUAAAAUUGAGGACAAAAGAUUCAAGCAAUAAAAAAAUGCCAAUUCUCCACCUUAAUUCUAAUGAUAAGACCGACGUUAACACAACGGAAAAAAAGAUUUCCAUUCUUGAAAACUUCUCAAAAACCCAAAAUGUUUAUAUUGACGAAUGUAUUGAAUCUAAUGAGAAAAUGCAACUACUCUUUAAAUGUGGAUCGAAAAACAGCGUAUCAAACAACUUGUCUGAUUAUGAAAACGAAUUUAAAGAUGUACGUCAUGACGAAAAUACAAAACUGUUAUCUCCUGAACUAAAAAUGCCUAAGGGUUUCGAUUUUCUCAGUAAUUGGUAAAACCUAUAUAAAUCUCAUAGAUAGUCGAAGGAGAGCAGUUUCUUUAAAACAUAAUUUCAUUUGACUUCAAGGCAAAAACACCAAAACGUACAUAUUAAUGUUGAUCGGCCGUAAGUCUUUAUAUAAGCAUAAUUUUAUUAAGGUGUAAUUUUUUAACAUAGAUUUAAUAAAAUAAGUAACAUAUUAUUAAA